AUGUCAGCCAACUUCAUUAGUGUGUUCACCCUUUUUGGUGUGUUUGUUUGAUGUUUGUUGACGUUUAAACAGCAAUCAGAAUCGUGUCGCUCUUGGCCGCUCUAUCGCCUAUGCUGUCGAUACACUCAAGGUACAUGCCGGCUUGGAUGUUUGGGUUUACUGUACACUAACCGGGUAUCUAGAAAUUCCAACACAACAAUAGCAAAUGGCCAGCCCAUUACCCAUCUGUUCAGCGUGUGGUGGAGGCGCCAUCGCUAGCACGCAGUCAAUCGUCUGGGGCCGAAGGUGCGCACUCUCCAUUCCCCAUGCAAAGGUCCGCCAUCUCGCAAUCGGAUAUUGAUUCGCCACAACAAGCAGCAACGACAACAACACCGGAGCCCCGUCUGGUCACCCCACAGAUCGCACAGGAGUUUAAUGUCUUGAAGCUGGAUCUCAAGCUUGGGGCGCUCUCACCAUCCGAACUCGUCCACUCGCUCGAAAAGUCGUCUAUCGCUUCUUUGUUGGAUGGAAAGAUUUCCCAGUCUAUCAAGCACCUUUCUGCGCUUAGGGAGCGAAUUGAUGAUACGGCAUCGAAAGUGCUUGUUACCGGUGAUUUGAAUGCUGGAAAAUCGACAUUCUGUAAUGCUCUUCUCCGCAAGAAGGUUCUUCCCGAGGAUCAACAACCCUGCACGAGCAUCUUUUGUGAGGUUUUAGAUGCCAGGGACAACGCUUCGGUUGAGGAGUUUCACGCAAUUCCCAUUGAUGGACCGGCAUAUGAUCGCAAUGAUGAGAGCACAUACGAUGUUUACCCAUUGGAGAAGCUGGAGGAAGUUGUUGUUGAGAACGACAGAUAUUCCCAGGUCAAGAUAUAUGUGGAGGACGCCCGAUCGGUUGGCCAGUCUCUUCUUCGCAAUGGCGUUGUCGAUAUCGCUCUCAUUGAUGCCCCUGGUCUCAAUCUUGAUUCCCUUAAGACCACCGCUGUUUUCGCCAGACAGGAGGAGAUUGAUGUUGUUGUUUUUGUUUUGAGUGCGGAGAAUCAUUUUACUUUGUCAGCCAAGGAGUUCAUCUGGAAUGCCGCUCACGAAAAGGCCUAUAUUUUCAUUGUCGUCAAUCGUUUCGAUAACAUUAGGGAUAAAGCUAGAUGCCAACGGCUCAUAUUGGAUCAAGUCGCUAGUCUUUCGCCGAGAACCCACCAGGAUGCCAAGGAACUCGUACACUUUGUGUCAUCCAAUGCGGUCAUCGAUGGAGAAGACACUGCCAAGUGCCAAGAGUUUGACAAGUUGGAGCAGAGCUUGAGGAGGUUUGUGCUUGAAAAGAGAGCCAGAAGCAAGUUGGCACCGGCCAAAACCUAUCUACUUAAUGUUCUUGAGGAUUUGGAGACUCUUGCAGAGGUCAACAAGGAGGCUACUUCGGCCGAGUUGUCGAAGGUCCGCGAUGAGCUCGACAAGAUUGCGCCAGAGUUUGAGAAGUCUGUCAAGGCGCGCACGGAGGUCUCUGAGAAUGUCGACGGUUCGAUUGACGAGACCUGCACUACCGUAUACAAGCACGCACGUAAGGCCAUCACCGGCACAAUUUCCCGUCUCGAUGAGAGGUCUCCGGUCAAGUAUGACGGUAUAUUUUCUGCCUACGCGUUCGCUGAGGCUACCAAGAAUGCCAUGCUUGAGAAGGUCCAGGAUUCCGUUACUGCCUCGGAGGGGUUUGCCAGGACCCAGACUGCCGAGGGUGUUGCACGGAUCGGGUCUAUGGGUCUCCUUCAUUUGGGAAAUGAGUAUGUCGAGAAAGCUUUCCGCCCGGAGUAUAUGUUCUCUCGCAAGAAGGAUCUCUUGAGCAAGAGCAUUAAGACUCAGAUUAAUGCCUUUGAUUUCUUCGACUUUGAUAAGCAAGAGAAGGUUGCAGGAAUGAGCUUGAGUCUCACGGUCGCCACCGUUGCUGGUGGUCAAGUGUUUGGUAUCAGCAGCUGGGUCGACGGAUUGUGGAAGGCUACCAGCUUCCUUGGCCCUAAGACUACGAAAAAAUUGAUCGUUCCGGCCAUUGUCAUUGCCGGUGUUGCUGGCGCAAUUUUCCUCAUCUCCGACAUCCCCAACGCCGUCCCAAGGAAAUUGGCCAAGAAAAUCAGAGGGGAAUUGGAGGAGAUGGACUACGUUCACAGCAAUUCCGAGAGAAUUACCAAGGAGUGCAGGAAGGUACUUGGGUUUCCGGCUGAUGAGCUCAGGGCUGCAUUCCACAAGUCCAUCGAGAAGCAGGGCACCACGAUUGAUGGGAAGAAAAAGACCGAGAAGGAGAGCGAAGUCGCGUUCAAGUACUUUGGAGGCCUUCUCAAGGAUGCAACUUCCCAGAAGAAGAGCGUUAUGGGAUUAGAUUUGGAGGGACCGGCGGUCGCUCUUUGAAAAAAAAAAAAAAGCGAAUGGGGAUGCAUGCAUAGGGUUUAUUUUCUCUUCUUUUUUCUACACUCUUUAAUGAGGCGAAUGAUCGAUUGGUUGAUGAUGAAAUGCAAACCGAACAAAAAAAAAAGGGAAAGGAGCAUAUGAGACAUGAUCGGGUUUCAUUCUUUUCCUCAUUCGUUUUUCAUUUUUUUUUUUUUCAUUUUUCGUUGUCGUUUCCCCCUUUUUAGUAUUAUCACAGAUUGCCUUUUCCCUCCGCUCGGUUACUGGUGCCGGAGUUGUUUGCAGUCUUCCAACCCGCGUGCUCCCCCUCUCCCCAUCAACUGUUACGAGCUUUUUAGUACUUACUACACGACGGCACUUUCUUAUGUCCAAAUUGAGAAUACUUUAUAUACGCUUUUUUUCUCCUAUCUCUCCUCUUUCGCACAACUACCGUGCAUUUUUCUCUUUUCUAUUCUUCCUUGGUGCUAAGCUUUUACAUUUGAAGGUAGUUGUAUAUGUUUUUAGUGAUCACGGCUUUCGUCCUUCCUCGUGAGACGGGUCUUUCGUUGUAGGCUUAGGGAAUUGGAGAUGGAAGUGGGGGGUUUGCAUUAGUGGUUGGGUUCAUUUGGCUUUGUUUCUGUUUGCUUGCUUGGUUGAUGAGGGAUGGGGUGGAUGUGAAGUUAGGCCAACGGCGUGGGGAGACGGGGUGUAAUUAGGGUAGGGUUUUACUUACGUUAGCCGGGGAGACGUGGGGUAUUUGCGCAAUUGAAUAAAAUUUAACUGAUAUCGAGAGCUUUUUUGAUACCAUAGAUACUGGUACUGUAUGGCUAUCAGUAGUUUGAUGUGAUAGUGCUGUGUAUCUGUGUAUCGUUGGGUGGACAAGCCGGCUGGUUUUGCAAGGCAACUUGCAUGGUAGGCCUUAAUAUAUUUGUAGUGCAUGACGGGAGGGACAAUCCCUCUCCUCGCUAGACAAACUACACGCUACAUCAGAUAUCUUAGUAAGUG